GGCGGGAGUGGGGGGACUGUAGGGGGAGACCCGGGAGGGGAGGCCGCGCCCGCACCCGGUGCUCCUCGCCGGGGUCUCGGGCCCGCCCCUCCCUUGGGCCGGUGUGCGCCCCCUCGGGACGCCCAUGCAGCCCCUGCCUCGCCCGCCCCUCCCCAGGCUCCGGCUCGCACCCAGGUCCUCGGGCCGCGACCCCCGCCCGGGAACCCUAGCCCCUGGCCGCGGCCGCUUCCCGGGCCUCGCCCCGCGCCUCCCUCUGCAGCCCGCCCCGGCCGCACCCCCUAGCGUCCCCGCCCCCGGCCGCGCCCCCUCACGGGGGCCCCCUCGGCGGUCCGGGAGGCGGCGGGCGCGCCAUGGGCAGCGGCAGCAGCCGGAGCAGCCGGACUCUGAGGCGGCGGCGCAGCCCCGAGAGCCUCCCCGCGGGGCCCGGAGCGGCAGCCCUGGAGGGCGGGACCCGCCGGCGGGUGCCGGUGGCGGCGGCCGAGGACCCGGGGGCAGCCGCGGAGGAGGCGCCCGGCCGCGACCCCAGCCCCCUGGCGCCCCCCGACGGCAGGGACGAGACGCUGCGCCUGCUGGACGAGCUGCUGGCCGAGUCGGCGGCCUGGGGCCCCCCGGAGCCCGCCCCGCGCCGCCCAGCCCGGCCCCGACCCACCGCGGUCGCGGGGAGCGCGGUGUGCGCAGAGCAGAGCACAGAGGGCCACCCGGGGAGCGGCAGUGUCUCUGAAGCCCCAGGCAGCGGACGCAAGAAGCCCGAGAGGCCGGCAGCCAUCUCCUACGACCACUCGGAAGAGGGGCUGAUGACGAGCAUCGAGCGGGAGUACUGCCGCUGAGGACAGCAUGCUCCACCCCCGCCAGGCCUCGGAGGCUCUGCUUGCCCAGAGCUCUAGCAGGAGCUGAACCACCUCCAAAACGCAGUCGCUCUCGGAUAUUCAAAGCUGACCUUUCAAAUCCACUUUCAGACCGUGCUGACCUGGGCCAGCCACUGGCGGUCAUGGUUGCUGGUGAGGGCGAUUAGCUGUGUAGACCCACAGGUGCGUGGGCCUGGGCCGCCGGCGCCUCCUCCCCAACGCGGGGAGCCUGCCCAGUUCUUCUGGAGCCUGAAAUGCGUGCCCCUCUUGGUUGCCCGCUCUCCUCAGUGGGGAGGGCUCACGAGGACUAGGCGACACAAGCGAGCCCCUCCUGGCAUCCGCGCCACAACACUUCCGGAAGGUUCUGCUGUGGAAGGUGCACCCGCGCUGCUCCCUCAGUCUCGGGCCCAUCUCUCCAGGGGUGGCCGGGUCAGCUUAGUGCUUCUCAACUUUAACUCCCUAAUGAGCAGCCUGGGGGUGCUGUUGACUUGCAGGGCCUGAGGUUCUGUACGUCUAACCAGCUCCCAGCCCAGGCCCGAGCUCCGAAGCCCAAACUGCACUUUGAGGAGCGAGAAGCCCAGCUCUGAUCUGCCUUGCAGUGGGAGGUAGAGCUCGUCACUGCCUCUCUGGGCCUCAGUUUCCCUCUCUGGAAAAUCAGCUCUGGCAGCUCUUGGAGGCCCUCCCCAGCUCUGACAGUCUGGAACUGCUGCCACUGCUGUUCCCCUGCCCCAGGCACAGCACUGCCUUCCCUGCGGGGAGCCAGCGCCCAGGUCCAACCGGGAGAGGGUCUGCCUGAUACUGGCUUUCCAGUUCUCCCUCUCACAGGCAGCCUGGCCAGUGCCUGCGGGGCUUUUAAAUUCUCUUCCUGCCUGGGUGGAAGGUGGGAAACCACAGCAGUGAGGCAGGAAGAGCCUUGGAAUGUUCCUGGUUGACAGAUGGGAAAACUGACCUGUCCAGGACGCCCUGGGAACAGGGGGCGGAGCUCCGGCUAGAGGGGACUCCUGUGUGGGCGGGCAGGUCUGGAGCCUGGGCCCAGGUGUGGCCUGCUGGGGGACAGCUCCGGGGGAGAGCUGUGGGGAGAACAGCGGUCUAGGGAGGCAGGAGGCAGGCGGCAGGCUCCUCCCCAGCAGCCUGCAGGGCAUCAGGACAGAGGGGGAAGGAGGAGACAGAAGGGAAAGAAGGAGAUAGAGGGGGAAGGAGGAAACAGCGCGGCUUCUGCUGAAGCCAGUACAAGCCUGGUUAUCUGGCUUGACCCGCCCACACGGAGGCCUCCCCAGCGUUUUCUUUUUCCGGAGAAGAGCUCCAGCUCGCAUGUCCUUAGAACACCGCAGAGCAGGAGCAUCUCAGGAACCAACGGCCAGCUCCUUGGCGCUGUCCCCAGACCCACAGGCCUGCUGCGGCCAUCCGCAAACGGGCAUUUCCUUGAACUUUUGAGAGUGCCUUUGACCAGCUGUUCGCAGCUGGGAAACUCCAACUUUUGAAGUCGGAGCUUGGAGCGGCCCCCGCAAGGGCGUGGCUCAAAACCUCCCCAGAGCUGGGAGCCAUUGCUCAUGCAAGCCCGUUUCUUUUGAUGUAAAGAUGGAAGUCGUUACUAUAUUUUAAUAAUGCAAAAUACAUCUUUUAAAAUAAGUUAACAUUUUAUUUCUUAGCACCAGAUGGAUCAGGCUUUGAAUUUAAUCAUGUAAAUGUUUGUAAUUUUAUGUCAUUUUGUUAAAAUGGGACGCUUUCAAUUGGUUUCCAAGAAAGAUGAUACCUCUGUAUUUUCUGGUGGAAAAGGUGUGAUACCCUUAAUGAGAUCAAAGUGUUAGGGGAAAAAAAUUCCAAAAGUAGUUACAAGCUAUAUCAAUGUCAAAGUAAAUGUACUUCAUCAAAGCUAAGAAGUCACAGGAAUUGUUCUCAGGUUUUUAAAAAAAUUUUUCCUGAAUUCAGGAAGUGUCUUCUGAAUAGCAGCUAGCCAAAUAAAGAGGUGUGUGUGUACUGCAGCUGUAGGUGAACUUAAAAAUAAUAAUAAAAAGAACAAAUAAAGCAGUGUGUACCAGCCACUGAGCCGGCCCUGUCUCUGUCCUGUGAGACGGAGGGGCUGUGCCUGGAAGUAGAGGGGUGGGCGUCGCUGCAGCCCGGCCUGAGUCUGUCCCAGUGCCUCCUGUGUGCCUGGCACCUCCUCAGGCAUCUUCUUGGCUGCCCCAUGUUGCAGCUGAGCCUCAGCGUCCUGCUCAGAACUGCGUGUGGGAUUUGCUCACUGCCAGGAUAGGACUGUGGCUGGAAUGGAGGCAGAAAGAAACACACCUCAAAGGCAAAAAUGACACACGUUGUUGUCUGGAAAAAUCUUAAGUGACCACAAAUGUGUCUCCCGGUUUCUUUUUUUGUUUUCUUGAGACAGAGUCUCACUCUAUUGCCCAGGCUGGAGUGCAGUGGCGCGAUCUCGGCUCACUGCACCCUCCGCCUCCCAGGUUCAAGCAAUUCUCCUGCCUCAGCCUCCCGAGUAGCUGGGAUUACAGGCAUGUGCCACCACACCUGGCUAAUUUUUUUGUAUUUUUAGUAGAGACGGGGGUUUCACCAUAUUGGCCAGGCUGGCCUCGAACUCCUGACCUUGUGAUCCGCCCGCCUCUGCCUCCCAAAGUGCUGGGAAUACAGGCGUGAGACACCACACCCGGCCAUGUGUCUCUGGCUUCUGUAGUAUGAGAGUUCCUCGAAGAUGCUACAAAGCCGCAGGAACUGAGGAAACACUGUCCAGCCCUGGCUCUGAGAAAUGCUGGGUGUGUUUUCUUAGGGAAGGAGCAGAGUCCUGCUGUUGCCCUCCUCCUGACAUGUGUGUUCCCAAGUCUCUCUUCGCGGGCCCGUGGGCUCCUAGCCUCACCCAGGCAGGGACCUCCUCCCUCGGCUGCUGUUGGUUCAGGCUCCCUGCGCCUCCCUGAGACAGCCCUUUCUAAGACACUUUCCUCUGCUGUUCCAAAGACCUAGGGCCCCUUGUCCCCACUCACACACGUUGCCUGGACACCUGCUGCUGACAUUGAUUGGUGGAUCCGUGAGAGCAUUCUCUGUUCCCAGGAGUGGGGCACGCUCGUGCACGUGUGAGCACAUGGGAGAGCGUAAAGCUGUCGAAGAAGCGUAGCCAAGUGCCUCACGGAAGAGAGAAUCCGUGGCUUUUUUUUUUUCCUUUUUCCUUUCUGGCAAUAACAAGGCAGGAGAAAAGUCUUGUCAGUUGCCACGAGAGGGAUAAUCACACUUGCGGCUCUAAUACUUCCCUCUAGAAGGAGGCUCCGUAAUCAGACCUUUUGUGCGGUGAGGGUCUGGACCCCCUGGGGACAAAUCAGACUUUCUGAGGUGGGCAGGGGCUGUGUUUUCUGAGGAUAUAUGGCAGCCUUUAGUUUUAAGAGUUGGGAAGGAAAAGAAGGAAGAGUGAAGCCUGUGGCUCCAUGAUGUACUUUGCAAUCCUGGGCCGGGGGUGGAAGGAAAUAAUGGAAGAGACUUCCAAGCACUUCUUCCAGAGUAGCUGGAAAACCACUUUCAAUUCUACCUCUUUGCAGCCACCCCCUGGCACAGGAAGGGCACGAGCACUGACGGCCACAGGGUCACCCGGCACACUACUGGGUCUGUCUGGACCACACCCACUGCCAGAGUGGCCACUUCACAUGUUGGCUUUUUGAGACAGGGUCUUGCUCUGUUGCCCAGGCUAGGGUGCAGUGGUGUGAUCAUAGCUCACAGCCACCUCGAAUUCCUGGGCUCAAGGAAUCCUCCUGCCUCAACUCCCCAAAGUGCUGGGAUUACAGGUAUGAGCCACCAUACCCAGCUCGCUUCACACAUUUUUUUCAGAAAGAACCCUCCAAAGAACCCAAAGAAACAGAAUAAAACUCCAGAAAACAAGAGGAGAGUUUAGUUUGGGCCAAUACACAAUGAAUUUUAUAGACUCUUCCAAAAAGUCUCUAGGUAUACUUAGGCCACCAGGCACAGUUAAAUGACACAGGACACACAUCCAAUUUAAAAUCAAGUUUUAUAUGAUUCAAAGAGAAAAGUUACAUUACACAUACUCAUUUAAAUAAUGUCAAAGUCUGUUACAUAAAACGUAAUUAUGAAACAUUUUAAGUCUUUUCAUUCAAACUACUUAAAAGGCUCAAAGUCACAAAAGAUCAAGCAAAACUGCCCAGGCAAUAAAGUGCACGAGGGGAGCCCCUCUCCAGCGGCCGUCAGCACCCAGAGCCGCCAGCUGAGGGCUCCAUGCCAAAUCCAUACACAAGGUUUGUGGUUCUCAGAAGAGUUUUCAGACGGGAACUGUUUCCAACUUAAAAUCUUUCAACAGACAAAUGGAGGCGGAAGGGGGAUGGUUUACACAAAGUAUUUCCAAAUGUAAUCAGGAAAUGGAAGUGUAAAUUAAAACCAUUUUCAACAUGUAUCUCUUCUUUAGAAGUAUCACUGCUUGGAGAAUGCUGUGACAAUCAACCAAAUACUCAAAAGACCUUAUCCACCAGCAUACUGGCAGGACUCACACUACUUUGCAUGUCACAAUUAAGAAAAAUAUCCACAUUGGAUGCCAUUUAUAGUGUGUACAGUCAAAAAUGUGUAUGCUGAUUUUGAUGAGCAGGAGAAAGGACUGGGUGGUGAGGAAACACCAACUGUGCACAACAUGAGACAACUGUGCUGUCUCAUGACGACACGACACGACACUCA